AUGAUUCUAGAGAAAACAUUGCAGAGAUCAAGGAAAGAUUGGUCAAGAAAGUUAGAUGACGCAUUGUGGGCAUACAGAACUGCUUUUAAAACACCAAUUGGCAUGUCUCCAUAUCGGUUGGUGUUUGGAAAGGCUUGUCAUCUGCCGGUGGAGUUAGAACAUAAAGAUUUUUGGGCCAUGAAGACUCUCAACAUGAGAUUGAAAGCUGCAGGAGAGAAAAGGCUACUGCAAUUGAAUGAACUAGAGGAGUUUCGUAAUGAGGCAUAUGAGAAUGCAAAAAUCUACAAGGAGAGAACCAAGAAGUGGCAUGACCAAGGCUUAGUAAGGAAGGAGUUUCAACCUGGGCAACAAGUGUUACUAUUCAAUUCAAGGUUGAAGUUGUUUCCUGGUAAGCUGAAGUCAAGGUGGUCAGGACCAUUUACAGUGGUCAAGGUGUUUCCCUAUGGAGCUGUGGAGUUAAAAGGUGAAGGUCCAACAACUUUCAAAGUUAAUGGACAGCGUUUAAAGCUCUACUUGGGAGGUCAAUUUGACCAAGCCAAGUCUGCCAUUAUUCUCGCACCUCUCUAG